ACCUGGAUCUCCACUUUCCAUCCUUCCAGUGAUAUCAUCGGCGAGCCGUGCUACAAGAUUCUGCGGCCACUCUAUCCGGACACUGCACAGCUUAACUUUGCACUAUCAACCUUCACCACUGCAUCAUGGGUGUCGAGAAGACUACGAUCAAGCCCGGUAACGGCGUGGAUUUUCCAAAGAAGGACGAUGUCGUAUCAAUGGAAUACACGGGAUGGCUCCUUGAUGAGAGCAAGCCAGACAAGAAAGGAACGCAAUUCGACUCCUCCGUUGGAAGGGGCGACCUAUCGACCCCAAUUGGAAAAGGUCGCGUCAUCAAAGGAUGGGAUAAUGGCAUUCUGGGCACAGACGAUGGAAGGCCCAUGUCUCUAGGGGAGAAGGCUACGCUGGUUAUCUCACCCGAUUAUGGCUAUGGUGAACGGGGCUUUCCCAACGUCAUUCCUCCGAAUUCGACAUUGAUCUUCGACGUCGAAUUGAAGGCGAUCAACGGUAAAAAGGCAUGAUCAACUUCACGUUCCCUUAACCCGUGGAGUACAAGCACUAGGGUAUUCCAAACACGGUUUAUCCGGCCGACGAACGGCAGCUUCCAUCGACCAUUGAAUAUAUUCGACAACCUGCCGAAGCUGAAGGUUUCUGUCUUGCCAAGGCCCGGUGUGGGAAGCCGUUCCGAUAUCAUGUUC